AUGCCGAUCAAGCUUGAUGCUGCUAAGUGCUGCGCAACGAUGGAGUGCUGCGAGGUGUGCCCUGCAGACGUGUUCGAUUUUCCAUCGGGGGCCAAGGUUGUAUCUGUUGCCCGUCCAGAUGCGUGCAUAGAGUGUGGGGCCUGUGUUUCUGCGUGCGCAUCGAACGCCCUGAGCCUUUAA